GCCCAGCGUACCAGCCUGUAAGUUAGACAUGUUCUCUGCUUGUGCUGGGUGGUACUGGCAACGCACAGAAAUAUUGACUGUUCUGUUAUUUCUUAUUGUAGCUGAGUAAACUGUGAUUUACAUCUAAAAUGAGUCUCUCUGGGGAGAGAGAGGAGGGGACCACUGCUUCUAAAAUGAGUCUCUCUGGGGAGAGAGAGGAGGAGACUAUUGCCUCUAAAAUGACUCAAGACACCAGUUCUGAGAGUGUUCAGAAGCCCAGAGCAGAGUCCCCUACAACCAGCCUGCUAUCAAUGAAUCAGCCACCUGCUUUCAGCCAGGAACCAUUUCCAGAUGACAAUAAGGAAGUGGAGAGUUUGGACAGUGAGGAUGCAUUAAAGAUCACACACAACCUUCUGGACAGAAGAAGUCAAACUCUGUUGACAGUCCAACAAGACAUUAAGGCUAAACUGAAACACAAGUAUCAACACAUAUCUGAAGGAAUUGGACACCAUGGAAACCAAAGUCUGUUAAAGGACAUCUACACAGAGCUCUACAUCACAGAGGGUGGAAGUGGAGGGCUCAAUAAUGAACAUGAGGUUAGACAGAUAGAGAUGGCAUCCAAGAAACAAACCACACGAGAGACACCAAUCAAAUGCAACGACAUCUUCAAGCCUUUACCUGGACAAGACAACCCUAUCAGAACUGUGCUGACAAAAGGAAUCGCUGGCAUUGGAAAAACAGUCUCUGUGCAGAAGGUCAUCCUUGACUGGGCAGAGGGAAAAGCAAAUCAGGACGUUCAUUUCAUGUUUCCUCUUCCUUUCCGUGAUCUGAACCUGAAAAAGGACCAAUACAGUCUGAUGCAACUUCUUUCCCACUACUUCCCAGAGCUGAAAGAGAUUGACAGCAUUGAAGAUGGUGAAACCAAAACUGUUUUCAUUUUUGAUGGUCUGGAUGAGUGUCGACUUCCUCUAGACUUCAAAAAAACUGAGAAGUGCUGUGAUGUCACGAAGCCAACCUCAGUGGACGUGCUGCUGACAAACCUCAUCAAAGGGAAUCUGCUUCCCUCUGCUCUCCUCUGGAUAACCACACGGCCUGCAGCUGCCAAUCAGAUCCCUCCCGAGUGUGUUGACCAGGUGACAGAAGUACGAGGGUUCAAUGAUCCACAAAAGGAGGAGUAUUUCAGGAAGAAAAUCCCAGAUCAGAAUCUGGCCAAUGAAAUCAUCCAACACAUGAAGACAUCAAGGAGCCUCCACAUCAUGUGCCACAUGCCAGUCUUCUGUUGGAUAUCAGCCACUGUCCUUGAGAUGACACUGAAAGAGGCAGAGAAGGAUGAAGUCCCCAAAACUCUGACCCAGAUGUACUCACACUUCAUACUCAUCCAAAUCAUUGUGAAGAACAAGAAGUACAACAAAGCCACAGAGACAAACCCAAAGGAACUGUCUCAGUCAGACAAAGAGAUUAUCAUGAAACUGGCAAAGCUGGCUUUCCAACAGCUGCAGAAGGGCAACCUGAUCUUCUAUGAGGAGGACCUGAUAGAGUGUGGCCUUGAUGUCACAGAGGCAUCAGAGUACUCAGCAUUGUGUACAGAGAUCUUUAAAGAAGAAUCUGGGCUGUACCAAGACAAGGUCUACAGCUUUGUGCAUCUGAGCAUUCAGGAGUUUCUAGCAGCAGUGCAUGCUUUAGAAUCAUGUCUGGACAAGAAGGAAAAUGUUUUCCCCCCCAAAGCAGUCACCAGUGAUGAUGAGGAGGAGGAGGAGGAGGAUAUUGAUGAUAAGCAGGACGAGGAGGAGGAGAAGGAUGAUGAAGAUGAGGAUGAUGAUGAUAACAAUGAUGAAGAGAAUGAGUCAUUCCAGUUGUCUGACUUACACAGGAGAGCAGUGGACCAGGCCUUGAAGAGUGAGAAUGGACACCUGGACCUGUUCCUCCGCUUCCUUCUGGGUCUCUCACUGGAGUCCAAUCAGAAUCUGUUACGAGGCCUUCUGACACAGACAGUCAGUACAACACAGACCAAUGAGGAAACAGUUGAGAGAACAGUCAGGUACCUUUCAGACAAGAUCAAGGAGGAAUCCUCACCAGAAAGGAUCAUCAACUUGUUCCACUGUCUGAAUGAACUUGGUGCCAACUCUCUAGUUGAAGACAUGCAGACCUCCCUGCGAUCAGGAACUCUUUCAGAAACAGAGCUAAAACCUGACCAAUGUUCAGCCCUGGCCUACCUGUUACUGAUGUCAGAGGAGGUGCUGGAGGAGUUUGACCUGAAGACAUACAAUACAACAGAGGAAGGAUAUCAGAGGUUGCUGCCAGUAGUGAAAACCUGCAAGAGAGCACUACUGGAUCGCUGUAAACUUGCAUAUGAAUCCUGUGAGACUCUGGCCUCAGUUCUGCAGACACCAAACUCCCCCCUGAGAGAACUGGACCUCAGCUACAAUGACCUGGGAGACAGAGGAGUGAAGCUGCUCUGUGUUGGACUAACCAGUCCACUCCGCAACAUACAGACACUAGUACUAGCUGGCUGUAAACUCACAUAUGAAUCCUGUGAGUCUCUGGCCUCACCUCUGCAGACACCAAACUCCCCCCUGAGAGAACUGGACCUCAGCUACAAUGACCUGGGAGACAGAGGAGUGGAGGUGCUCUGUGUUGGACUAACCAGUCCACUCUGCAACAUACAGACACUUGUACUGGCUGGCUGUAAACUCACUUAUGAAUCCUGUGAGACUCUGACCUCAGCUCUGCAGACACCAAACUCCCCCCUGAGAGAACUGGACCUCAGCAACAAUGACCUGGGAGACAGAGGAGUGGAGCUGCUCUGUGUUGGACUAACCAGUCCACUCUGCAACAUACAGACACUAGUUCUAGGUCAGUGUGGUCUGACAGAGGGUUGCUGUUCAGAUCUGGCCUCAGUCCUGAGUUCACCCAACUCACAACUGAAACAACUGGAGCUGAGAGACAAUGACCUGCAGGACUCAGGAGUUACACUGCUGUCUGCUGGACUGGAGGAUCCAGACUGUAAACUACACACACUGGGGCUGUCUGGCUGUCUGGUCACAGAGAAGGGCUGUGCUGCUCUGUCUUCAGCUCUGAGGUCAAACCCCUCCCACCUGAAAGAGCUGGACCUGAGCUACAAUCACCCAGGAGACUAUGCAGGGGGACUGCUUUCAGCUGCUCUGGUGGAUCCCACAUAUAAACUGAUGAAGCUGAAUGUGGAUCAUGGUGGAGAUUGCAGGCUGAAAUCAGGGCUGAGGAAAUAUGCCUGUCAUCUCACCUUGGAUCCAAAUACAGCACACCCAAACCUGAUACUGUCUGAGGGGAACAGGAAGUUGACAUUGGUGAAAGAGAAGCAGGAUUAUGAAAACCAUCCAGACAGAUUUGACUAUCAUUCCCACGUUCUCUGCAGAGAAGGCUUAUCUGAAUCUCGUUAUUACUGGGAGGUGGAGAUGGAUGGUGACAUGGCUGACAUUGGUGUGGUGUACAAAGGAAUGAAGAGGAAGGGAGAAGAGGUUGACAGUAGGACUGGACUCAAUAGGAAGUCCUGGUGUUUAUACUGCAAUGAUAGUACUUAUGACAUUUACCAUGCUGGAGUUGGCAGUAUCAUCCCUCAUCCUGAUUCUAACAGAGUUGGAGUGUAUCUGGACUGGCCAGCUGGUACUUUGUCCUUCUAUAGUGUGUCCUCCUCUGGUACACUGACACACCUUUACACAGAACACACCACAUUCACUGAACCCCUCCAUCCUGUAUUUGGGUUUGAGGUUAACUCCUCCUCCUCCUCAGUGACCCUGUGUCAGAUAGAUGACCAACACAUUCAGAGAGACCAUGGUGGAGAGAGUUGUAUCAAGCCUGGACCUGAGAACACCAGAGACCAUGGUGGAGAGAGUUGGAUCAAGCCUGGACCUGAGAAAUGGAUUCCUCAGAGCUGUAAGACUUGUGACCAUGUUGAGGACUCCACACACUGGCUUCAGAUUGAACCCUUGACUUCCACUGUCCAGGGAGUGAAAAUGUUCAGGCACAGGACACCCAAAGGGAGUUAUGAGUGCACAGUGUCUGGGCUCCGCUGGCUGUGUGAGAGAGAUGUCAUUCUGAAGUAUCACUUCAGGAACUGGGAACCCUGCAGUCACCUUCUGAAAGACAUGCAGUACACACAAGGUGGUCCAUUGCUGGACAUUACUAUGGAGUUAGGUGAACUGGAGGAAGUUCAUCUGCCACACUUUGUCUGUUUAGGGACCAACCCUUCCCUGAGGAAUAAGAUGAAGAUUCUUCAUGUAGAGGAACAUGGAGUGUCUUUAGAGGAAGUGCAUGAGGUCACCAGAUUCCAUGCUAAGAUUCUCCAUCCCAAGUUCUCACUUAUCUCUGUUAUACUGAGAUUACUGUCUUUGAACGUAGAUGUCCACUGUGACGUGGUCCUCUAUAUGGCAGUAAAAAGGUCAACAGUCAUUUCAAGGCUGUACCUGCUCCUCAGAAACUCCAGUCAGAAAGAGGCUGUUCAGGAACGGGAGAAAAAUCAGGUGUCCAAAGGAUAUUCGGAAUUGGUCCUGUCAAGUCCAAACGGGUCCUUAAAGCUGAACAGUUGGUUUGCACUCAAGAAUCCCCACUCCACUUCCAUCAAUCCAGAGAAGAUUCAGCUGUUACCUGCAGACACCACACCAAGCUGUUGUAAGAUGAUAAUGAGAAACACAGGGGUUGACAUUGAGAUGGAGUUAAUCGGUGAUGAUGAGAGGACUGUAUGGAGAGAGAUGGUACCAAUAGAUGAAUACAUCACUGAAACCCAUUCAACCAGUGCUGUGUUGGGGGCAGGAGGUCCGGCUGAGAGCAGUCUGACUGGUUCUGCAGAGCAACAGCUGCGUUCUGUACGGACAGAGUUUGUGAAACGAGUAUCAGGACCUGUCCUGGAUGGUCUGCUGGACAGACUCCUGCAACACACAGUCAUCAACCAGGAGGAAAUGGAGUCAGUGAAGGUGAUAGCUGAGAGGGCAGAGAAGGCACGUGACAUCAUCGACAUGGUGUUGAGAAAAGGAAAUGAGUCAAGUUCCAGGAUGAUCAACCUUCUUGGGGAGCUGGACCCCUGUCUUUGUUCACUGCUUCAGAUCAACAGUUGUAGUCAACCCCUGGGUGUGGGGAGACCAGGCAGAAUAGACAGGCAGGAUGGUUCAACAUGUUCUUGCUGUCUGUUGCUUUAAUUCAGGGUCACAAAAAUGUACAGAAAAUGUCAAUCAAAUGACCACUAUAAUAGCAAUUAACUUACUGAAGGACCAACCACACAGCAUCUCUCCUUCUGCAGCCUCCUGGAAGUGUGGAUCUUCUAGCAGGAGUGUCAGUCAGUCCUACACUUGGUACCUAGCUGGACCCCUAUCUAGCAGGAGGGUCAGUCAGUCCUACACACAUUCAACAGAAAUGUAUUUGAUAAAUAUAUUGUACAGUGUUGGCCUGUUACAAGUUCAUGAGAGAGGCUGAAUAUCAAUACAACCACCUCAGUCUAUCAGCAGUUUUCUCAGUGAGAGCCUCACGUCUGGAACACAUUGACCAUUGAAAGACAUUAAGAGAUGUGUAACCUGCCACUCCUUUAUCAAUGACUUGAGAGUGUCUGAAGGACAUAUAAGGAGCUGUGUAACCUGUCACUCCUUUACCAAUGACUUGAGAGUGUCUGAAGGACAUAUAAGGAGCUGUGUAACCUGUCACUCCAUUAUCAAUGACUUGAGAGUGUCUGAAGGACAUAUAAGGAGCUGUAUAACCUGUCACCUCUUUACCAAUGACUUGGGAGUGGCUGAAGGACAAUCAGCCCCCAUCUAUACACAAUGUUUUACUCAAUGUUUUUGAACGUUUUUUUUAAUGUAAUGUUUAAUUUAAAUGUUUUAUGUUUAUCUACCUGCCCAGGGACUACAGUUGAAAACUAGCUAGCUGGUUAAAUCUGGCACAUUUACAGAAAUGUUGAUUGAUGUGCAGAAUCCCUGUCAAAUACAUGUACAUUUAAAUGAA